AUGAAAUUCAAUUCUACUACACGGAACUCAUCUCCUCUCGAAUGGAAACAUCAAAAUAUAGAUUAUGAAUCCUUGAGAACCGCAAUCAGGCAUGCCGCAAAUAACAGGCAAAAAGCUAUCAAUAACUCUGCUAUUGAAAAUCACACAUCAGAUAAUGUACCCUUCCCUUUAUUGAAUUUACAAAACUCCUUUAUUCAACAAUUUCAAAAUAUUAACUUAUUUGUGUCCUUAAAGGUAAAGGAAUGCUCCACAAGGAUACUAUCUGUUGAAUCAUCAAUUUUAAACUAUUUUGAGAGAUUAGAAGUUGAUGUUGUCGAUAACCGCAAAGAUACAUCGUUGAUACCGUCUAUUAAAUCCUUGAAAAAAAAUCUAUACCUGAUAUACAGUCAUGUUAAUGAUAUCAGUACCGAGUUACAGACAUUAUCAAGAUUCUUAAUAGUACAGAAAAUUACCUUAAAGAAAUUACUUAAAUAUUUACUGAAAUCAUAUCCGACGGAGUUUAAAAACGAGGCCGAUCAAUUAGUCAAAAACCUUCAGGAUUCUAAAACCUAUUCCUACGGUUAUGAUGGCAUAUCUUUUAUUAAUGUAGAUUUAGAUUCUUAUCUUCUAGAAAUUUCUUUGAUAAUUGACGUUUUGGGUGAUUUAGAAUUGAAAAUCAAUACUAUACUAGGUACUACAUCUGGAAGUGGUAGGAACAAUAUUUAUCAAAAAUCAUCUUUACUAAAUUCUGUUAAUAGUUAUCAUCAUCUUCAUGAUAAAAGAUAUCAUAAUGACGUACCGUCUCGCUCCUCUACCCCUCUGUCCAUAGGGACAAGUUUAACUGCUAAUUAUGAUAGUAAAGUUCCAAGAAUUCAAUCUGAAGUGGAAUUUGAUGAAAUAUUUANGGAUAAGUGUAGUUUAAUCCAAAGAUUAUUGAUUUCUUCAGAUAAUAUGGAACAAUUUAAGUUCAUGUUAUUAUCUAAUGAAUUCAGAAUUAUAGAUGAUAAAGUUAUAUCAACAUCAAAAGAAAUUAUUCAAUCAGCAAGCACAGAUGCAAAAAUGACUUCUCCUUUUCCUUCUCCGAAUUCUCAGGCUGAUACUAUUGAAAGACCAAGAUUAAAUGUUAAAUCCAAAUCUAAAUCAAUUAGAUCUGUUAGAUCUUUCCAAAAUAUUAAUCCAAAUUUACCCUUAAUAAAUAGAACUAAAUCUGCAUCUACAUCAUCCUUGAAGGCUGAUAAUAAUGAUGCUUCCAUUGCAGUGACUCCCGGUAGUAAAUCAAAAUUGCAACUUUGUCAAUCUAAUUUGAUUAUCUCAAUCCUAGAUACUGAUGAAAAUUCAUUUCAACAACCUUCAUUUAUGACCAACGAAACAAUUAAUCAAUAUCCUAAUCUUAUACUGCAUCACGAAGAAAAUCAUACGAACAUUGAUGCUAAGAGUAGUUGUAUUGUAAUGUGUAAUGUUGGUGGAUUAAGAGAUCAUGUUGUAUCUAGCAAUUUGUCAUUGAAUUUUAUCAGUGAUCUUAUACAAGAUCCUGCAGGUUGUAAUACUAAUGACAUAAAGAAUUCAUAUCCAUUAGACAAAUUAAUAAUAGAAUGGUUCAAAACACGUCGACUCAAUUAUUCAAGCGUUUUAGGUGAAAUCCAUUUGAAAAGAACCCGUUUCAUUUGUCCCAAGGAACAUUGCAUAUUCAUGAUAACAAUAAAUGAAGAGAUUUCAAAUAAUGAUAGUAUUUUUCCUCAUUCCAUUGUUGAAAUCAAAAAGUUAAACAUCAUAUCAGAAAAUAAUAACUCACAGAAUAACAUGACUAAUAAUAUCAAAGAUAGAAAAAUUAUAAAGCUUUUCGAAAGUUUAAUAUCAAAUAAUUUCCAAUGUUUCCCAGUCGAUUCGAAUUUCACACUUUGGAGGAUUUGCUACCAAGUUUUAAAAUUGAAAACACUAAGACCGGAUAACAAUACUAAUGUCCAUAUUGCAAAAGAUGAACUCUUUGAAAUAUUAUUAUCGAACGACUAUACUCUUUCUCCGAAUGAUUCCUUAUCAAGUGAUGAAUUUUUCCAAUUAGGUUAUGACCGAUUACUCAGCUUAUGUUCCUCAUCCUUUAGGGCAACCAUCCAAGGAAAAGACCAUCAUGAUCAUCAUACUGCUUCAAGUAUUGCGUCAUCAUCUCGACAUGACGAACAUGAAAAAACUUCGCAAUUGGCAAAACCUAGAAUUAGAUAUUGGAAUGAAUUUGAUGCUGCUGAAGAGGAAGGAGAAGAUGCUACAGGUAGCCAGAAUAAUAAUACUCUCUUCCAAGAUGAAGAAUCCCUGGAAUCGAAUUCAGAUUAUGGUUUCAUUAAAUUCAACAAAAACUUUAUAAAUUCAAUGUUUAGAACAUUUUCCAAGAUAAGAAAUUCUAUUAUAUCAAAUACUUUGACGAAGCCAAACCAUUUACCAGCAUAUCAGCAAUUAGCUCCCAAUCAAAUUAGAAAUUAUGGCUCCGUAAGUUCAUUAGAUUCUCAGGUUACAACGAAUUCAAUAAAUUAUGAUACAAGCCUUGGAACUUUUCUCAAUAUCAAUAACAAUAAAAAUGGUAACAAUAACUACAAUAUUAAUACUAAUGCUAGUAAUGACAGCGAAAGCGAUAGUGAUGAUGAUGUAUUUGACUCUGAGUCAGUUUAUGAAUACAAGCAUGACCAAGUUAUAACUGUAUUUUAUCUUGCAUCAUUAUUAAUAUCAUGCCUAACUUCAGGAUUAUGUUUAGGUAUAAUAUUGGCAUUAUUUCGUGAAAAUGAAAACGAUGAUAUUAUUGUAUUCGAUGGUAUCAACGCAGUCAUUGUUGUUAUCAUUGUUUCUUUAUUAAUCUCAUUGAUUUUGAUUUGUAUGUCUCUAUUGUUGCUAUUUAGUAGAUUCACCUUUGCACCGGCUUGGCAUUAUAUUAGUUGUUUCAUCCUAUUCGUUGUUGUGAUUUGUACUGUUUGUUACGGUAUUAUAGAAAUAUUUUAUUGA